AAGCCAGGAAAGGUAAUACCACAUCACAGUCGUGUGAGAGUUGAUUCACUUCAGUAUGAUGUCAUUCCAUAUGUCCGUCCUCCUGCUUCACUAGCCACCAGGAUCUCUAACCUACUCCCUUCAGGGAAUGCAGUACUCCUCCGCAGACAUAAUUUAAGCCACAGGCAUUCCUCCAUACUGUAUUCACCGUUGGCACAACAUGGCAGGCUUCAGGCAGGAGGAUGUUGAGGUGUUCUAUGAAAUGGGAGAGGAGUUGGGGAGCGGGCAGUUCGCCAUCGUCCGCAAGUGCAAGGACAAGGGCUCGGGCCAAGACUACGCCGCCAAGUUCAUCAAGAAGCGGCGCCUGUCGUCCAGCCGCCGCGGCGUGAGCCGAGAGGAGAUUGAGCGCGAGGUGAACAUCCUGCGCGAGAUCCAGCACAGCAACAUCAUCACGCUGCACGACAUCUUCGAGAACAAGACGGACGUCAUCCUGAUCCUGGAGCUGGUGUCCGGCGGCGAGCUCUUUGACUUCCUGGCCGAGAAGGAGUCCCUGACGGAGGAGGAGGCCACGCAGUUCCUCAAGCAGAUCCUGGACGGCGUCCACUACCUCCACUCCAAACGCAUCGCGCACUUUGACCUCAAGCCUGAAAACAUCAUGCUGCUGGACAAGAAUGUACCAAACCCCAGAAUCAAGCUCAUUGAUUUUGGGAUCGCUCACCAGAUCAAGGCAGGGAAUGAGUUCAAGAACAUCUUCGGAACGCCAGAGUUUGUCGCACCAGAGAUAGUCAAUUACGAGCCACUCGGACUGGAAGCAGACAUGUGGAGCAUUGGAGUGAUAACUUAUAUUCUAUUGAGUGGUGCUUCACCAUUCCUGGGCGAGACCAAGCAGGAGACCCUCGCCAACAUCUCCGCCGUCAACUACGACUUUGACGAGGAAUACUUCAGCAAUACCAGUGAGCUGGCCAAGGAAUUCAUACGGCGCCUGCUGGUCAAGGAUCCCAAGAAGAGAAUGACCAUUGAUGAUAGCCUGGAGCAUGCUUGGAUCAAGGCGAUCAAGCGGCGCAACGUCCGCCCGGAAGACCACGGUCGCAAGUCGGAACGCCGGCGGCUGAAGACCACCCGUCUGAAGGAGUACACCAUCAAGUCCCACUCCAGCAUGCCGCCCAACAACACCUACGUCAACUUCGAGCGCUUCUCCCAGGUGCUGGAGGAGAUCGCCGUGGCGGAGGAGGGCCUGCGGGACCUGGAGCGCAACCAGCGCUCCUGUCGCGACGACGUGGCUGCGCUGCUCUCCAUCUACGAGGAGAAGGAGGCGUGGUACAAGGAGGAGAACCUGAGCAUCGCCAGCGACCUGGGCAUCGUGCGGCAGGAGCUCCAGCGAGCUCAGACGCAGCGCCGGCAGAGCCAGGAGGAGGCCCGGGCGGCAAUGCUGGCGGCAAACGCCCUCAAGCGCAAGUUCGGCCGCCUGGAGAACCGUUACGAGGCGCUGGCGGAGCAGGUGGCCUCGGAGGUGCGGUGGGUAGAGGAUUUGGUCCGCUCCGUCUCCAUCGAGAGCGCCGGCCUCAGCCCGGGAAGCAUGCCCUGAAACGAUCACUGUAGACCGGUCGCUUAUUUCCAUCUGCAAGGUGAGCUGUGUUUCUGAUUUGGCUGAUGCCGGCAGAUGUCACUUGUAUAACGGUCAAGUCGUCUGCUAGCCCUGCAGUUUGAUUUAAGGGUGUUGUGGCUCUUUGAUCUUAACAAAGACAUUUUCCACUCUCGUGGGCUCACAAUCAUUUCGCACACACAGCAUACCUUUUUUGCGGGGGAAGUUGCCGUCAUAAGUUACGGAAGAAACCGUGAUAGAAAUUUCCCCUCAGGAAUACAUGCAAGUCAAGUCUCAGAAGCACCAGCAAUUAAAGAAUGGGCUCAUAUUGGAUGCAAGUCGGCCAAGAGCAUGUCAUAAUGCUCGUUCCUUUUAUUUUAUAAAUAUAUUUAUAUUGUCUGAGAAUCUAUGCUUUUUAUAUCCAUGCUUUACUUAAUGAUGUCAUCUUGUAAAUUGUAUCAGCCAAUUGUUCUUUUUAGCCCCGCUUUUUUAAGCAGAACUGGAUCACCUUAAAGGUGAUGAGCUGCAAAUGUAUGUUCUAUUCUGUCGCCCAAUACCCGGCAGCUUCUGUCGUCUGUGUACAGUUCAGGGGAUAGAUUCUGCUUGCUAUUAUUUGCAGAUCUUCUUAUUGCAGAAUCAUCGCAACGCCUCUUAUUUUGUAAAGAAAAUAAUAGAAUGCGAAAGUGUGAACCGAGCUUCAUAAUAUUCAGCUCACUUGUAAUGUUUUAAUCCAUCUUUGCCAGUGCCUGUUUACCUAUAGACAGACUUGAUUGCUUCUGUAAGCAAUCCUCUUUUUAUACUUAGUCAUGACAUUCCUAUUUCAUGGACACUGAUCAAUGUCUUACACACAUUAAGCCUUCUAUACCAAAUUGACUGCAUGAAAAUAUUCCAUUUAAUAUAAUUUACUUGUUUUGUUUGUUUUUUAGUUUCUAGUAUUUCUUACCAUGGUGGCUCACUUUCAGACAUUCCAUUAGUAAGUUUAACCGCAAUCUCCUUCCCCCUAUUUACCUUACAAACGACCAGUACCUAUACAGUACUGCUCAGUCUGUAGUCAAAUAUAUCGAUGUAUGUCUUAGCUGAUUAUAUUUUAAACUUAUGUUUUCAUCAUCUCUAAUGCAAGAUGAAUUAUAUUAUGAAGUCUAUUCUGUCUGUUCGUUUUCAUUGAAUAAACGCAUCACAGUAUUACGUUUUGAUAUUCAUUAGUUUCGUUUCAGUUUCGUUUCAGUUUCGUAUCAUACUAACGAUAGAAUAAAUCACCGCCAUGGGAAUGACCUUAACCGAGUCAACAUUAAUGUAACGGAACACUCAAAACCUCUGAAUGUUUCCUUAUUGUUUAUCGUUAAUUUUCUACCUUUUGAAUCUGAGAAAUUGGAUGCAGAGUUAAAGAUUAUUUGCUCAAUUAAAUACAAAAACAAAUUAAGGAUACAUUGCAGUUGCUGACAGCUUUAUGAAGUAUCGCCUCAGGUGGAGGUGGAUUUGCAUAGGUAAUCUUAAAUAUUCAAAACAUUCACUUUGCAGUGCAAAUUGAAAGAAGGCCUUUUAACACUGCCAAGCCGGUUCGGUCACAGUUUGGCACACCCGGCAAUUUCACUGCCUUGCCUGUGUAAAACCGAGGGGCUAAAAUCCCCCUUCGUAACUGAGAGGAAUUUCUUGGUUCACUGGAGAAGGCGGGACUGCUCACGGAGAGUAGACCUCUUUAGAAUAAUUAGCAUACAACAAAUGUUUAAUUUUUUUUAUACAUCCUGAGUGUAGGCUAAACGCGAUUCUAACUGGAGAGAAGGAUUUCAUGUCUCUCAAGUUAGAACUACUCGUGUUGAUAUCACUGCCUUGUCUCUGUCUAAACAAGGCAAAACCUCUACCAAAGUCCAUUCGUAUUUACAUCAGAAUGAAACUGCCAAUGUGUGUAGGGUCCAGGAGGGUAAUUCUGGCUGCUAGCUCAAACCGGUGAUUUUCCUCGGCAGUGUUAUCGUGCGGACAAUGCCGGGAAAAAAGGCGUGCAUAAGACGAGCGUACUAGGCACUGUAAAAACAUCAAACUUACAAAUGGGCCGCAAUAAAAACAUGUGCAGCAAGUGUUGAAUUUGACAGUUAGUUAUAAUUGUCAUAAUUACCUUUACAAAUUAUUUUGUAGGAAUAAACCACCCUAAUAUAACCCUCUUUUCACAGAAGCCAGCUCCCUUAACCAAAUUGCUGCAAUCAGAACAAUAGACCCACAACAACUGCAUCUGGCAAAGGAUUUGUUUGAAAACACUGCUCCGCCAUGGUAAGGAAUGAGAAAAAUGAGAAAUCACAGUUUUGGCCUUGGUCUUUAAGGGGGUGGGGGGGCAAUUCCCGCACUAGUGGGAAUUUUGUCUGACCCGACAAAUUGUUUGAAACGUCUAAAUCAGGGGUCUUCAACGUUUUCCAGGCCAAGGAGCCCCAAACUAAUGUAGAGAUGGAGCGGGACCCCCUACUUAUAUAUUGUAUAAAAUUGUGUUUUACAUUAAACUGGUCCUAUAGUGCCAUUUAUACCUGUACCUUGUUAUUUUGCAUUCAAUACUAAGAUAUUCAAAUAAUACACAGGUUCAUAUAUUCAUGUUUUCAUUUUAACAUGUGCAACGUACAGUGAGUGCCACUGCCAUUCAUAAACAUAACAUAACAUAAUUUACUGAUACCUGCCAAGAUCAACAAUGUCUGUCAAUUGCAUGUAAUCAUGCAUAAAAGCAAUUCCAAUGGACAUUUUUAAAACAAAUGUGGAAACGAAAAUAAGUGUUUGUUAGUGUCUUUCUUUCAUUCCGUGAGUAGUCCGGUAACUUAUCAACUUAUCAUUAAAAUCAAAUACAUAAAAAUGUCGCAGCCACGUCCGUACGUACGAACAAACGCUUACCACUUUCGUAAAUGCCAUAGCAGCCUAUAUACAGUAAAUUCGGAUCGCAUGAUAGGAAUAGAUCUAUUCUGAUUAGAAAUCGGAUCAAAAGUGUCCAUGUAAUCGUGGCUAGUGUGUUGUAUUCAUGUUAAUGUGUAUUUAAAAACAUUUCAAUUUGUGGAAAAAAUUGCGGGGGGAAUAUAAAAAAAAUGUCAAAUCAACCAAAACUUUCGCGACCUCCCCCUGCAGUACCUCCGCGGACCCCCUAGGGGUCGCGGACCCCCUGUUGAAGACCCCUGGUCUAAAUAAAUGUCCUCAUUUGGAGUCACUCCCUCACUCACAACAUCCAUAGCCCCCUCUCCAUCUGCCUCCUUUUGGUCAUCCUUGUAAUGAUUCACCUUUGCCAGAAGAGACCAAUAACAAGGCUGAGCGUUAGGGUUUCCUAACCUGUUCCCUGGAUGUGUCCCUGAUGUUCCAGGAAGAAUCCUGAUGGAUGCUAUCAAGGGGAGAAUCUCUCUUCCCAGCUUCCCAACAAUCAGUUCCUAACCUGUUCUUAGAAGCCUGACCCUCACUAUCGAAUUUAUUAAAAGGGAAAUUUGGAAAAAGGAAAGAGGAAAUCCUGAGACUAUAAAUAUAAUUCAAAGCUAGAGGGAUACAUAUAGAUUAACUAUAUAUCGCCAGUCCGCAGAGUAUUCAACAUUGGGUACUAGUACAUUUCAGAACGUCAUGGAGGGUGUAGGCUACAUCACAUGAUGGGUACCAAUCGUUCCCUUAACCCCCUAAAUCUUAUGUUGAUCCACUAUAUAAGGCCAAACUGAGCUCGUAGGCCCUACCGUUUAGAUCAUAAUUUUUGACCGGGCAUUCACUGAUAGCCUGCAUCUGCAGUCCAGAAGAGCUGCCGUCUUUGAUGCCCACCGGAAAGGAGCGGGAAAGGACAUCUGGAAGUGCUUAUGUGCUUAAGGAGUCUCUGCUGAUCUCCACACAUGGAGAUCAAUGGGAUCCACAUGUCACAUGACUCGAAUUUCCGCGGCAGCGAGUUGGAAAGCACUACACUUGAUUACAGUGUUCCGCCAUGGCACCGAAUAAAUAUGACAUUUAACAGCUUUCAGUCUCAAGAGCCCUUAGAUAUACUUCACAGUAAUAUGUUAAUGUGGACAGGGUUGUAAAACGAUAGAUAUAAUUGUACAUUUGAGAGUUACAAUUCUGUAAUGUUAUAUCGUCUUGUAUUAAU